UGAUCGGCUUGAUAAAGAAGCAGGCAGGUUCUGCUGACCGACCACAGACGACUCGGAAACCCAGGAUCAAUUUUAAGUGUAGAAACCAAACAGGAUUAAUUACAUCAGUAUUUUAGUCCAUCUGUAGCAAUGCAUCGCUUCAUUUCCAUCAUGUUUUCACUGCUAGCCUUUAUUGGGCUGCAGGGGAGCGUUCAGACCGCAGGAAGACGUUCUGAGAGGAGCAUCGAGAGACACUUCGUAUCGUUGCUGAUGGUACGCAAUGGGAUGAACUGGGGGUCGUGGGCUCAAAGGGAAUUCUGUCCGAGGGGAACGUACGCUGCAGGAUUUAGUCUCAUGGUGGAGGAACUUUCCUUUGGUCUUUGGGAUAACACAGCGCUCAAUGGGAUUCGUCUUCACUGCAUCAGUCUCUUCAAAGACCCACACUCAGAUGAGCAUGACCGUUUCAUUCAGUCCGAAGUAGGAAGCUGGGGUCAGUGGACAAAAAUCAAAUGGUGUCCUUCUGGAUUCUUGACAGCUUUUCAGCUGAGAGUCGAAUCUUCCCAAGGAAUUGGAGACGACACGGCCGCAAACAACAUCAGAUUCAAUUGCAGUGGAGGGUCUUUGCUGCUGGGUGACGGCACACACAGGGGCGAGUGGGGCGACUGGAGCCCAUUGUGUCAGGGAAGAGGGAUGUGUGGCAUCAUGACACGGAUAGAAGAGAAGCUGAAAUUUGGAGAUGACACCGCUCUCAAUGACGCGCGCAUGUUCUGCUGUGAUUAAGGUUUAAGAGGACCACAACAAAAACAGCAAGAAGACUGAUAUCACUAUGAUGAGCUAACAUGAACCAUACCACAGUUUUGUAAGGGAUCAUGCACAAUCAGCAGCAUUAUCACAAAAUAAAGAACAGGAUAAUCAAGACCCCCAAAAAU